AUGGAUUUUGCUAAUGAAACAUGUUUCUUCAAUUUUAGCGGUCCAACCGACAUACUUGAAGCAUUAUCUUCGACUAUUAAAAGCGAUUUUACUAGCCCUCAUUACAAGUAUCUUGAUGACCCCUACUUGACUCCAAUCAGCAACUUUGAUAAGAGAACAUUCUCGUUGGCAAAAGAAGCCGGUCGCAAGGCUGCCCAUUACUUUUUUGACAAGUACCCGGAAUACUUUUACCGAGAUCUGUCAGAACCUAAAAUUGAAGCGUUUACCUACAAGGAAAUUUUCGACGAUAGUAUGGAGUUUGAAGAACUGGAUCUUCAAAAGUGCAUCACUCGAAGCGACAUUUCCAACGCAAUAAUUUGUUACAGCAACCUUGUCAAGCAAAACAAAGAGAUCAGUGAAGAAACACUACUUGAUCUACUCGACCUUGUUUCAUUCUACAACGGUGAAAAUAAUCCAGAAAGAUACAUUGAAGAAGAUUGGUUCAAGAAAAACUUUGAACUUCGACUAGAAAGCAACUUUUGGAAAGACAAUGGUUUUGCUGAACAGCUGUUUGAAAGUCUAAAGAGCAAAAGUAGUCAAGCAUACAGCUCGUUGAUAAUGGGAAUGUGCAGAUAUUUCCAGGCUGAACGAGCUUUUGCAUUCUACAAACAGGCCAUUGAAUCGGGAAUGAAGCUAAACGUACACACUUACAAUGCACUAAUUCUUGCCUCAUACAACUUACACUCGACUAACGAGGAACGCUGGAAAACGGUUCUGGAAGUAUUAAAGACCAUGCAGGCCAAUGAAAUCCGUCCCGAUUUAGGGACAAUGAACGCAGUUCUGAAGCAAGUCUCCAGAUAUAAAUUUUGGAAUAUGAACACUGAUUUGGCCAAGAAAGCCUUUAAUGAGUUUGCAUUCAAAUUUGACAUUGAGCCCAGCUUAGCAACUUACACUUAUCUACUGAAUGUCUUCCACCGAAGCAGAGGCUCGCGUAGUUCGCUGAUUUACGAAAUCAUGAACAAGUUAAACGCCAAAACAUUUGAAUUGCGGGACACUGAGGACGUGAACUUUUUUUACACUGCAAUGGAAGUUUGCUUCAACAUGAAUGAUCUUGCGCUGGCCUACAGAGUGCAUGAACUAGUUGAGAAAAACGGCAAACUGCUGGGAAGAGGCACCAAUCAAAACAUCUACUUUACUCGUUUUCUGAAACUCUUGUGCUCCGCAGAAAGUUUUGAAAACUUUAUGGUUGUCUACACCAAGUACGUGCCUAACAUCUACACGCCCAACAUUGAUUUGAUUGAGCAGAUUUUGAAGACGAUAAAGAUCUACAAAUCUUUAGACUAUGUUGGACAGAUUUGGAAUGAUAUCGUUCUCUGCGCUUACACCAAUCGCAUUGAACUUUUGCAGCUUUUGCUUGAGACUAUGGAUGAAAUUAAGAAGGGUGACCGUAAUUCGGCUACUUUUAACAACAUCGUUUUGGACAUUUUUGAGCGAUUCAAUAAGAAAAUCGAACGUAGUGCUGAAAGAAAUUCAUCUACACUUCAGUGGACUUCGAAAUCACUUUCGUAUUGUAUUUCCAUCCUGACAAAAGCGGAAAAUAUCGAUGCUGCUUUUACCGUUUUGCAAAAACUGGACGAAAUCAAAGACGAAGUACUUGAUCAAGCUGAAGCUCAAAGUCUGGUAGACUUUUGCAAGUAUGCGUUUGAAGUUGAGAGUUACGACAAGGCACUCUUUUGUCUGAAGUAUUGCCGAGAGAUGGAUCGAGACGACGUGAUCAGCGCCGUAGCAAAAGUCUACGAAAAUGUCGACGUGGGAAAUGUCAAAGUGAAGACUGAGCUGGACAAGUUUUUAAAAUAA